AUGGGAACGCUGGCCCCGCCCAUCAGGCCCUCCCCUAUUGGCCGCGGCCCCCAGGAAGGGGAUGUGGAGAGGAAGGGAGGGAGGAGAGGAGGGGGGGAAGCGACCGCCGAAGAAAAAUGUCCGUAUAAGCAGCGCGCCCCGCCCCCGUUCCACCUCCCCCGCCGUCCUAUUGGCUGCCGAAACAACGCGCCGGCCAAUUGCCGAGCGGGGCCGCGACGGCGUCACGACGAGAAGCCCACCCACGCGGCGAAUUGGCCCCGCCCACCACCGGCAAGGCCACGCCCCCCUCUCUGGGGAGCCCUUUUGUGGAAUGUUUACAUCGCGGCCGCGGCCCGCGCCAGCGGCUCCCCCCGUGGCACCCCCCCCGGCCCCGGCGCCAACCGGUUCGGCGGCGGGAGGAGGGGGGGUGGGAACUUGGCGGCGGGGACAGGGCCCGGCGCGGCGCUGCCUUUUGUCCCCGACCCCUUCACUUCCGGGAUGGCGGCGCCCCACGUUCCCGCCCGCCCCUGGGGAAGCGAUUCCCGUAAAAUGGGAGAAAAACUGGGAAAGUGUGUGUGGGGGAAGCAGCUGUUACAUACCCUCAAGGCGCAGGCGAGCAGCCCUGAAUGGAGGGGGAACUCCCCCCGGGGCGGAUUGGCCCCGCGGUGCCGAUCGUCACGGCCGCACCGCCCACGGCGGGAGGGGGACGCGGGGAAGGGGGGUGUGAGGGAAAGGCCUCUCGGCGUUACUCCUAUGCAUCGGGAUGUGCAGCCCUUCCAGACGGAUUCCCUGCUGCCUCUGGUCCUUUUCCAGCCUUCCAGUGCUUGUGUCUGA